GCGGAGGAAGGGAGGGAAGGACGGGCCGGGCUGGGGAGGGUCCCGAUCCCGGUCCCGCCCGCCUCGUCUCCGCGCCGGGACCGCGGGGAGAGUCGCUCGGGGCGGCCACCACCGCCCGGCACCGCGCCUGUGUGCUGCCCGCAGCCACCCCGAGAACGGCGUGUCGGGACCUUUGUCUUCAUGAUGGGAGGAAACAUCCCCUCGGCUUCUAGGGUCCAAGCUUCUCCCAGGGUGAGGAUUUGUCAAGGCUGAGAGACUCUAUAAAACUCCUCUGAAAUACACAGCUGCUUUUCUUUCUUCCCCAUCGUGAGGGAUCUCGGAGCAGAUACAGAAAUGGCCUCCAGCCUCACAUGUGCCGGCGUGGUCUGGGCAUUCCUCUCCUUCCUCUGUGCUGCUGCCUCCUGUGUGGGCUUCUUCAUGCCCUACUGGCUCUUGGGAUCUCAGCUGGAGAAGUCAGUUUCCUUUGGCACUUUCCGGAGGUGCUCCUACCCAGUGCGGGAUGAGAGCCGCCAGACAACCGUGAUGGUGGAGCAGUGUGGCCGCUAUGCCUCCUUCCAGGCCAUCCCAAGUGCGGAGUGGAGAAUCUGCACGGUGGUGACAGGCCUGGGCUGUGGGCUGCUCCUCUUGGUGGCCUUGACAGCGCUCAUGGGCUGCUGCGUGUCCGAGCUCAUCUCCAGGACCGUGGGCAGGGUGGCAGGAGGCAUCCAGUUCCUGGGGGGUUUGUUGAUUGGCUCUGGUUGUGCCCUCUAUCCUCUUGGCUGGGACAGUGAAGAAGUGAGACAAACCUGUGGUAACAUUUCCAACCAGUUUGAACUGGGGACCUGCCACAUCGGCUGGGCCUAUUACUGCACAGGUGGGGGUGCAGCUGCUGCCAUGCUGGUGUGUACCUGGCUAGCCUGCUUCUCAGGCAAGAAGCAGAAGCAAUAUCCCUACUGACCCAGCCCUGGGGCGCCGGCACUGCCAGACACCCGAGGAGCUUGCCGACAUCUUCUGGAUAACAACAAUAAACAAGAAAUUUUCAAGUGCUUUCUCUCUGGAACAGGCAUGGGGAGGGACAGCGGGUGGCCCCAGGGAGGGUAGGGUGGUGCAUGGCGGUGCAAAGCCACCGGGACAGGCUGGGCAAGGACAGGCUCUCUUAUCCAAGCUCACCUGUGGUCUGCUCAGCAAAAACUUAAGCAAAGAAAACUCUGCUUUGGCAAAUGGUGAAAUUCUGCAUGCACCGAUAAUUGAGAGGUUGGUGAGGGGAUGGCGAUGCCGUGGGCCUUGGGUAGCGCCCAGCGGCCACUCGACAAGGUGCUCGCAAAAGCACACACGCACGCACAGAUGUUGACCAUGGCACAAAAUGAGUAGAGAGGAAACUUCUUUUUUGUGUGAUUCUUCUAUUCCUUUUUUUUUUUUUAACUUCCCUCUGAUGGAUUAAAAUUCAGUGUUGCAACACUUUUUAAUCUAUACAUUAAACUUAAUAAAAGGACCAAUAAGCCAGUUUAUCAGUAUUUUGUAUACUCUCCACACAUUUUUCUUCUCCAAACAUUUAGCCACUGCUUAUUCAGCCCUGUAUAACUUUUAUUAAGCCUCUGUGUUUUCAGCAUUAUUACAGAAAUGCAACAUAAUUACUUGGCAUAUAUAGCCUUUCCCUAUAGUACUUUUAUGAAGUGCAGUAAAUGGACAUUUUUCUGUCCAUGGGAAAUUCCACUCAUGGUACUGUAGAGCUCUGUUGGUUAUGUGCGACUAACAGGAAACUUCUUCCAGACAUAGAUUUCUGUUACUGUUAUGUUUAGCUCAUUGAUGUCGUAUUGUGCUGUACCAUGUUUAUUAUUUCAAUAUUCAUUUUUGUAAAAAAUAUAUAUAUAAUAUGUGCUAUUUUAUGUUUGUAUUUGAAAAAUCUCUGUAAAUAAAUUUCUCCUUGAUCAAUACUUGCAAUGCCUGGUCAUGUCACUAGAAGAAACAUCUCCCUUCUCAGAUCCCUAUUGGAAAAAUCCUGCAAACAAAUCAUGACUGUUAUAACCAUGUCGUAUUCUUUUUCCCUGUAAAACACAUAUAUUUAGGGCUCAGUUACAUUGCUUGAGGAUAGACAUCUAUUGCAUUUUGAGGCAUUGUAUUGUACCUGCCUGAUGCUAUCAUGUGUCCUCCAAGACUUCAGGGAGAUCAUCCACUUUCUGGCCUGGCACACAGCACUGCCUAUCCCUGUUUGGGAAACUGAAAGAUAGCAUCACCACCAAUCAAAUACCCACCAGGUGGUAUACCCUGCGCCAGGUACUGGUACUUCACACACAAAACUCCAAUAUUUUAUUUUAUUUAAGAAAAUCAAUGUGAACUUAGAGCAUGGGAACUUGUAACGAAUUUUCAAUCAUGACUUUAAGUGAUGUUAUUUCCUUUCAAAUUUGUUUUUCUACUCUUGUUUUCUCAAUGUGAUAUUUCUGUCAUGUAUUUCUAAGUUACUAUCUAUGUUCUAGUUGCAAUUCCCCUGGUUAAUAACACUCGUAGAUGUUGCAACUCUGAAAUCAUACAGUUGCUUUGUACAUUAUGCUGGGUAGAUUUUCUGAGGUACAUGGAAAUAGCUAUGUUCUUUACAGUGAUCAGUCCUGAUAUCAUAGAAUCAUAGAAUCACUAGUUUGGAAAGGACCCACUGGAUCAUUGAGUCCAACCAUUCCUAACACCCCCUCAGUCAUGCCCCUCAGCACCUCAUCCACCCGUCCCUUAAACACCUCCAAAAAAGGUGACUCAACCACCUCCCUGGGCAGCCUGUUCCAGUGCCCAAUGACCCUUUCUGUGAAAUUUUUUUUCCUGAUGUCCAGCCUGAACCUCCCCUGGUGGAGCUUGAGGCCAUUCCCCCUUGCCCUGUCCCCUGUCACUUGGGAGGAGAGGCCAGCUCCCUCCUUUCCACAACCUCCUUUCAGGUAGUUGUAGAGGGCAAUAAGGUCUCCCCUCAGUCUCCUCUUCUCCAGGCUAAACAACCCCAGCUCUCUCAGCUGCUCCUCGUAAGACUUGUUCUCCAGCCCCCUCACCAGCUUCAUUGCUCUUCUCUGGACACGCUCCAGAGCCUCAACAUCCUUCUUGUGGUGAGGGGCUCAGAACUGAACACAGUACUCAAUGUGCGGUCUCACCAGUGACGAGUACAGAGAGACAAUAACCUCCCUGGACCUGCUGGACUGAAUUUUGUUAAGUCUUAUUACACACUAAGCGCUAUUCGCAUUAUGGUGUCAUGCACUGAAAAUAAUUGUACCUUACCACUCCCAGAUUAGGCUCCAAUCACCUUAUCACAUCUGACUGCAGUUCUGCUGAAAAGCCCAUCAACCAUGCAGUGGGAGCCUGCUUCCUUGCACACCCUUCCUGUGGCACCAGCAGCAGUAGGACAUGGAGCUCUUCCCUCCUGUUUAUCCCUUCUUGUGAGCAAUUAGGACUGUGGGAGGUCAGUGGCAUUCCAUGUACCCUCACAGUAAGUAUGAAUAUGUCUGUUAGGGUUGUGGAUUGCUGCUUUAUUAAAACUAAAGGAGAUAUAGACAUAAUUUGGCUGUGGUACUCCUGUCUCCAGUAAGAUUUUUGACAGAUAUCAGAAGAGAAAACUUCUAUCUUUGUAUAGUAUGCUACUGCCGAAACAUGCCUUUCCUUCCACAGAAACUACAGUUUGAUGUACAAAGUUUCUGUGAGUUGGCUAUAAAAAUAUAAUUAUUAUUCUAAAUUUGACCCUGUCUAGAUUAUAUCCUUGCUCACGCAUCAUGGAGAACAUUUUCACAUAUUUUAGAUCUCCCUAAUCUCAGGUUUGGGCUUGACAAACUGGGACUACUUAAUUACUUCAUGAAGAAAAUAUUUUUUUUGUUACAAUGCAAUACAAUUAUAGCAUGACUGACUUUGUUUGAAUUUAUAUACAAUCUCCUCUUUUAAAUUUGGGAUCAAAUAAAAUGAC